CGCUAAAGACACGCCCACAGUACAUAUUCAGCGGCCCAUUCGAAACGUCACCGAAGACACGCCCACAAUGCGUUAUCAGCUGUCAUGACUUCAACACGUUGCUCGUUCUUGUUUUUAAACAAACUUUAUGCAAGAUCAAACGACUGCUGCGCUAUGAAACACACUACAACAGUCAGACGAGCCGAUCUAGGAGCACUUUAACCAGUCUUCAUCCGAGAAUAACAACUGUUUAGGAGCUUUGCAUUAGCUUUAAUAAGAUUAUUCGUCCGGAGCGGAAAUCCAGGGCCAUAUGGUUAAGACAUUAUCAACUAUUGCAUCACAUCUAUAAUGGAUGAAGAAAGUCUUUCCUCAUUGAUUGACAUUUGCAUGACCUGGAUUUGCCACAAUGUGGAAGUGCUUUGUGUUUCACAAAAAGACCGAUCACUGCAGAUCCACCACUGCCCUUUGUUUCCUCAAGAACUGGCUGACCAGCUACUGCACAAAAUGGCUGAUGAGGGGGUCCUCGAUGACAAAACCGUCAGCAUUUUUCAGAAUCUGGAACAUCUCCGAUUGCGACGAGCAUACAUCCGGUCCUCAAGCAUCUCAGCCGAGGCCUUCAGACUGUCCUUGUGUCCCCACAAGCUUCAAGAACUGAAUGCUUCGCAUAUUCAUAGUGACAUCACAAUCUCAGAUAUUCUCCAAAGUCUUUCCUCCAACAAAGACUGCAGGCAAGGUCUUCAAACACUAUUGAUGAAUGGCUUAAAUCUGUAUAGUGAAACAUGUGAGCUCGGGCAGGCCAGAUUUAGUAUGCUUCGGGGCUUGAGGAACCUCUCCCUGGCGUGGACGAACCUAGAUGACACAGGCCUGGAAGAUAUCUGCUCCCUACCCAUGCUGGAGAGCUUAGAUAUCUCGGCUACAAACGUCACAGAUCUAACACCGCUGUUGAAUAUUCAGUCACAGCUUAGAUCUCUGACUGCUCAUGGACUCCAAAAGUUGGAGAUGCCAACCACCAGCCUGCUUUCAGUCCUCAGCAAGCUGCACAUGUUGAGGCACCUCGACAUCUCUAACAACAGACUGGUAAUGGAUGAAGACAACCUGGUCCAGCAGCUUCUGGAGCGUCCAGGCAUCCUUCCUCAACUUGUGUCUUUGGAUGUGUCUGGCUGGAGAGGAGUAAGCGAUGCUACUGUUCAGGCAUUUGUGGAGGCAAGGCCGGGCAUGAGGUUCAUUGGUCUGCUGGCCACAGGGGCAGGUGGUUCUGAGCUACUGUCUGCAAAUGGAGACCUGAAGGUGGCCGGAGAGGCGAACCUGACCCAACUGUGUGAGGCUUUGAGGAGAUACAGUGAACGAGAAAGUUUCAUACGGGAGGUUCUUGUUCAUCUCUACAGCCACACCAGUGACACGGAGCGAUCUCAACCAAACAUUUUAAAGCUGGUAUCAGAUGCAAUACGACACCAUCUUGAUUCUCUUCACGUUCAGCUCGUUGCCACUGCGUGUGUUUUUAACCUGACCACACUGGAACUGGCAGUGGAAAUGCCCUCACGCCUGCUGGGAACUGUAGUUAAACAGCUGCUCACAGCCAUGAAGAACUUCCCAAACCAUGAGCAGUUGCAGAAGAACUGUCUGCUUACUCUCUGCAGUGACCAUAUCUUACACGUUGUCCCAUUUGAUAGAUAUGAGGCUACUAAACUGAUGAUGAUGUGCCUGGAGAAUCAUGAAGACCAGACGCUGCAGAGAAUGACGGUGGCUGUAGUGUCCAUACUGGUGUCUAAGCUGAGUUCAGACGAGAUCUCAGAGCUGGGUGCAGAGGCAUUUAUCAUGAAGCAGUUGUUAAGUAUUGUCCAGCAAAAAGCUUCACUGGGUGUUGUGGACUCGACUCUGAAGUUUGCAUUGAGCGCUCUGUGGAACCUGACGGAUGAGACCCCCACCGCCUGUCGUCAUUUCAUCGAGUGCCAAGGCAUUGAGCUCUACAUGGAGCUGCUGGAGUCGUAUCAAACUGUCACCUCCAUCAAGCAAAAGCUUCUUGGCCUUCUGAAUAAUGUAGCAGAGGUGGAGGAGCUGAGGGUGGAGCUGUUGGAUGAAGAGCUGGUGGAGCAUAUGGUCGCUCUUCUGAGCAGCUCUACAGAGGAGGUUGAGGUCAGUUAUUUCGCCGGAGGCGUCUUGGCUCAUCUCGCCUCCGUCAAUGGGCCUACGUGGAGUCUGGAUGCUGAGCUGCACAGUACGGUGCUCGACGAACUGCACUCGUCUGUCUUGACAUGGAGCUUUCCACAGCGUGAGAUGGUUUCAUACCGGACUUUCCAGCCUUUCUUUCAUUUGUUACAGGUCUCUCAGUAUCCUGGUGUUCAGCUCUGGGCUCUGUGGGCCAUACAGCUUGUGUGCAGUCAGAACGCUGCUCAGUACUGUAGUAAGCUUCAUGCUGAAGGAGGAAUAGAAAUGCUGAAGGUUCUGAGCUCUCAUCCAGACAUCCACAGCGAUGUCAAAUGGCUGGCAGACAAUGUCCUGAAGACCCUAGAUCAUCAUCAUCCUGAAGGACAGGAUUCAAAACAUACUAACGUUCCAGCUGAUUCAUAAAGCAGAUUAUAUCAAAUAAAGUUUGCAAACUGUUAUGAAAAGAAGGUAAGGGUUGGGAUUAUGAAAUAUUGCAUUUAGUCUGCUUCAAAUGGACUGCAGAUAUUUAGAGAAAAGCCCCUGAGGAGAUGUUUUUGGGUUUACUUUAUUUCAGUGCAAUAUUUAUUUUCUCUUUGGACUGUUUGAUUUCUAUAUCGGAAGUGACCUUCAGCAUGAAAUCAUCAGUAAAACACUGAACACACACCCAGUGAUGUUUUAAAUGCGACGUGCCACUGUGCGUCCUGUUUUUCGAGACGUAAAGGCAAAAAUGUGAACUCUGUAUGAAUAUAAAUGUGAUUUAACACACAAGCACUAGCACUUUUUGAGGCUUAGAAGCACUAACUAGCCAUUAGAUGGGACUUUGUGUAUAAGUUGGUUAACCAGAAACUACAAGCACAUGCUGAAGAAAAAUAAAACUGUGACACACUGUUAAACACCAUUUGAGGUUUCUCAGAGACCACACUGGCAGUAGGCAACUCUCUGAUGACCCUAUAUGACACUUUUUUUUCCAGUAAUCCCAUGAUUAUGAAAAGGUUUUAGAAUAUUUCUGGAGUACAUGAUAUGAGACCUCAUGAAAGGGUCCAGAGAAAUCUGUCAGGGAGUCAUCUGACAAAUCUCAAAUAGUGACUUUUUUGACAGUGACAAGCGUCAAAUUUAAAAAAUAAGACUAUAAUGAAAAUGCAAAAUCACAAGAAUAUCUGUGGCUAACGUGUUUUACAGUAAAGCACUUUUCAAUAAUC